ACAGCAUUAGAAAAAUAAUCUGUACUUCAUUUUACCCGUUCACUUGCUCUCUUCUUGCCAAUAAAUUAACAUUACUAAAUCUUAGCUUGUGUAACGACUUACCACUGGAGUUAAGAUGCUUGAGCUCUCCGCUUCAGCCACAGGGCUUGCAUUGGUUUGGUCGUUUGUGGCUGUCCUUUCACCUGCUCCCGGUAAACCGUGGCAAGUCGGUCUUUCUUCCUCCGCCGCUUCAACUUGGAGAAGAUGCUGUGCGUGUGUACGCUUCACGUGAUAGUAGAAGGAGUUAUACACCCUGUACUCACUUGGACAGCCAUCAAUCCCGCACACCACGCGAAAGUCAGGGUUGCGACUGUGCAUAGUAUUAAUGUGACUCAAAAGUUGUUUCAGAGUCAAUGCCAAAAAUAUGUAGCAUAUAAAGCAACGCCAAAUCAUGUUGGAAGCAAAGAUAUCACAGGCAAGCACGGUAAACUGGUCACAGCACAGGUCGGACUCGGUAGAGGAAGACUGCCGUAAACGCUCGUUACUAUGGUUACACGCGCCAGCGCGACGCUGAAGCUCAUUGCUAUAGUUACACCCGCCAGCUCGCUGCUGCAAAUGAGAAUGCCAUAAACGACCGUUAUAUUGGAGCGACUCAGACAGCUUGGAUUUGACGGAUUGAUGUGUUUCAUUGCAGGUAAAUGAAAGCGCUGAAUCCAGUGCUCAUUUUUUGUAGUUCAUGUCGCACACCCUUUCAGUGUUAUCGACGUUUCAAUUUACUUUCAGUGUUUAUUGUGUAUUUUGCAGCCAAAGGGAGACAUCGAGGUGAGCUAGCGGAGCUAACUUUAGCGGAGCUAACUAGCCAGCUAAGUCAGCAUGGAAGAAUUGGAUGAUGUCGCAGUGUCGAUUUUAAGGGCUGCAAACAUCACAGAGACAAUCAUGGGCACCCUGUCUCGUGAAGACUUGCGGGAUCUUUUCCCAGGCCCUGAGAACUUUUUACGCAGAAAAGCGGUCUGGCGUGUCUGUCAUGGUGCGUCGGAGGAGGAGUCUGGCCAAGAACACUCACAAUUAUCGGGCAGUUCCUCCUUUAAUGCGUCACCCAUGCGACAGACUUCCACUCCAGUGAACGCAAGUCCUGCAAGGUACACAACCCCUGAAAAGGUUGUGAAGUUAUCCUUUCCAGAAUAUGUAUUGCACACCGACACAGAACUUGAGCAAGUCCGACAACAAUACUUUGAGCUGUCGAAGAAAGGCGAACAGCGCAACUGCCAGAUGUCAAAGGAGCUCAGAUGUCGCCUCAUUCGAAACACCAUGAGCAGUAUGAUUGCAAUCCUGAGAGCAAAGGGGGAUGGAGAAUCGCACAGAUACCCAUCAAAGCCAGAAAUUACAGCCAUGGCAAAGAGAAUAGUACUGUACUACCCCUUGCUGCAGGACCAAGGCCUCCAUACAUGGGUCACUGUGUAUGCACAGCUAUACAAAAGAUUGCAAAAUGUGAGAUCUCCCCAAAAAAGAACUCCAGAUGGGAGACAUUCAAAGAGCUCUACGAAGAGGCGCUGUCUUGAGCAGCCAACAGACACAGAUGAAAUCGAUUUAAGUGACUCAACAAUCAUUCUAGAUCGAUCCACAGAGGGAAGUGUCAGCCCAGGCUCAGACAGUAACGAAAGUGAGUUAGAAGGACAAAGAAGAUCCCAGAGCCUACCUAAAGAAGCACCCUCUGCCCUGUCUAGUCUUGAUGCUAACAUGUCUGCAGAUGUUGACAGUCCAGACACCUACAGUCCAGCAACCAUGGCAAAGCACUACGAGACACUACAAACUUUGUAUAAAAGAAAAAAUCCAAACCACCAGGAUGUCUCUCAUCUCUUGGAUUUAGAAUUUGUGGCCAGAAGAGCAUUCAUUGAUUCAAAUACCAUUCGCAAGGAGGACAGACACAAGAAGGUUCUUGAAGCAUAUCCUUGUUUCAAGGAUGUUGGACAUGCGAUGGAGGAGCUUCAACGCAUUUUGGAUAAGGAUAAUACCAACUUCAUCGAUGAACUGAAGGAAAGAUGGCAAGACUUCUGCCAGAAGGUGCAGUUUUUUGGUCUUUGGAAGAAGGUGCUGAAACCCCCACUAGGAAUGGACAAAGCUGAACAGGCUCUUGAGAUCUUACGUGUCCUGCCAUCACUGUUCCCCUCCACGUCUGCUCCUCCAAAGAGGCUACGAGAUGCAAGUGAGGCUCUGGUCCAUGUCCUUGAGGAAAAAGAAGACCCCAAUUUCUACUUGAAGAAACGCCCUCUCUCCUGCCCGGUCCUGAUUGUCAGUUCGUCCAACUGCCUCCUAGUGGUAGGAGAUGUGGCAAUAACCACCUUUCCAAAAGACAAGCUUACCGAGAGUGCUUUAUAUCUUAUGGCCUACUAUUAUACCCUACACCUGACUUAUCCAAAGUGUGUAGCCACUCUGCUUUCAGUCAUACAGACGGAGGUCCUCUUAGACAGAAUCCAUGAGAGGGAUCUCACAUCAUCUUACAAGAAAAGCAUGGCUGAUUGGAAAGCUUUUAUUGGCCAAUAAAACCAAUGGUCACAUAU